UAAAAAAUUUGAUUUCAGUGGCUCCGCAAUCCGUUCCGGCUGUUUCCGUACUGGUGGUACUGGAUCGUAUUCGCUUUCGUAGUGUGACAUAUGGCAUGCCACCUUCACCUCAAAUAUGGCGACGUAGCAGAAAUCAUGCAAGCCAAAAUAUUUGCUGCAAUAUCCAUAAAAUUUGACAGGUCAGCAAAUUGCAGUGAAGUCAGGUGCCGUAGUAAUAUAGAAGUUGCGACGUAUGGUUAGUUAUCGGUUGACUUUUUGACGAACAACUUAAAAAUGGAGCAAACCGGAGUCUUAUGGAUGCUUGCUCUGGUUAUGUUAUUCGGUUCUUAUUUGGCCGGAUCCUUACCAUUAGUUAUCAACUUAUCUGAGGACAAGCUGCAGCUAGUUUCGGUAUUGGGAGCAGGAUUACUUGUCGGAACAGCUCUCGCGGUUAUCAUUCCAGAAGGUGUGCGUGCGUUAUUCAGUGCUGGAGGUGCUGACGCUCACCACGAUGCCAGCGGUGAUGUUCAUAGCCUCAUUGGUAUUACACUGGUGUUAGGUUUCAUAUUCAUGCUGUUGGUGGAUCAGUGUUCAUCCAGGGGUAAUGGAGAAGGAGGUAAACCGACAGAAAAGAGUUUAACUGCUACACUGGGACUGGUAGUGCAUUCCGCAGCAGAUGGUGUAGCUUUGGGAGCUGCCGCUACUACGGCACAGGCUGACGUAGAGAUGAUCGUUUUCCUUGCUAUUAUGCUACAUAAGGCUCCGGCAGCCUUUGGACUUGUGUCUUUCCUGCUCCACGAAGGUGUUGAUAGAAAGAGGAUACGAAAGCAUUUGUUAGUCUUUUCACUGGCAGCUCCGUGUCUCGCUUUAGUCACCUUUUUUGGUAUUGGGAAGGAAGGCAAGGAAACGCUGAGUAGUGUCAAUGCUACGGGCUUAGCGAUGUUGUUUAGUGCAGGAACAUUCCUUUAUGUAGCUACAGUGCAUGUUUUACCUGAAUUGAUGGUGAGAGGAAAUAAUAGCCACUCCCAUUUACCGACUACGGAAGGAGGUUCCAUUCCAGCAGGGGGUCUAAGAUUCAAAGAGUUAUUAGCUCUAGUGGUUGGAUCAUUAUUGCCAGCUCUAAUUACAACAGGGCAUCAUCAUCAUUGACCAGCAACGGAAAUCAGUUCUCCACUGUGAGCGUAAAUAUUUAUUCCUUGCAAACUGUUUACAUUAUGCAUGUUUAAUAUGUACAUAAUGAACAUGUCAUUUUCCAUCCUACUACGUUUUAUCUGUAUACUUGUUGAUUCUUGUAAUUAUUUUUUCAUUGUAUAAAAAAAAAAUUCGAUACAUUAUUAUACAUAUAAAUAUAUUCUUGUGCAGAUUUUCUUAUUCGAAUUCUACAAUCGAAUCUCUAUGCACAUUGCUCAAUUUUCUAUUAUAGCGAUGAAUUAAAACGACUUGGAUUUAUACAUCAUGCAUUUUUGUAACUAAUUUCUACUCUGAUUUAUAACAUGAACCUAGUAAACUUACAUAGUGGUAUAAUAUUUUAAUAGGUACGUAACAUACGUGCUGAGCAGAUACGUGAGAUUUGUUUUAAAUAGCAAUUCAUAAUAAAAAAUAUCUGAAGGCA